CGUGACGAACGGCUUGUUCGAAAAUACAACAAGGAAGUGACCGUUCUUAUUGUGGAUGAAAAAAAUAACCCCCUGAGAACCCGUCUCGUCCUCGCACCGGGGACUCGCUUCUCUCUCGCUCGUCGGGUGUCAGGGAGCGGACAUAAAGUCACCGUGGACCCGCCCGGGAGCAAGUGUGUGUUCGUCUCCGGGACCGCUGCUCGCAGCCUGCUAGCUAGCUAGCGAUGAACACGGACGUGGAAUUCCACAUCAGGCAGAACUACCCGUGGAACAAGCUCCCAGCUAACGUCAAACAGAGUUUGGGGAACUCUCAGCGCGAGUAUGAGAAGCAUGUGCUGCUGUACAGCAUCCGCAACCAGCUGCGAUUCCGCAAUAACCUAGUGCGCCACGUGAGGAAGGAUGAGCGCAAGUACUACGAGGAGCUCCUGAAGUACAGCCGCGACCACCUGAUGCUGUACCCGUACCACCUGUCGGACAUCAUGGUCAAAGGCCUACGAAUCACUCCGUUCUCAUAUUACAUAGGAAUCAUGGAGGAUAUUAUGAACAGUGAGAAGAGUUACGACUCCUUGCCCAACUUCACUGCUGCAGACUGUCUGCGGCUGCUUGGCAUCGGGAGAAACCAGUACAUUGACCUGAUGAACCAGUGCAGGUCGUCCAAAAAAUUCUUCCGCAGGAAAACGGCACGGGACCUCUUACCAGCCAAACCAGUAGAGAUCUCUGUGGAGCCGUGGUGGGUUGCACAGACGGGCUACAUCACAGAGGAUGAUAUCAGGAUCUGUUCUCAACCUGAGAAGAAAGCAAUCGAUAAGAUGAUAGAUGCUGGUCCUCAGUUGGCUGGGUCGAUGGAGUUCAACGUAGUGUUAAGCUUGUACAACCGGGGCUACAUCUACUUGGAUGUUCCCAUAUCUGACGACAGUUGCAUUUCAGUGCCCCCACUUGAAGGCUUCGUCAUGAACCGUGUGCAAGGCGAUUACUUUGAAACGCUUCUCUACAAAAUCUUUGUGUCGAUUGAUGAGCAGACAAACGUAUCAGAGCUGGCAAAUGUGUUGGAGAUUGACAUGGAUCUAGUGAAGAACGCCGUGUCCAUGUACUGUCGCCUCGGCUUCGCUGUGAAGAAAGGUCACGUGAUCAGCCCCGAGCAGCUCAACCCCACCUGGAAGAACGCUCCCUGUGUCAACAGGCUCAAGACCACCAUGGACCCUCAGAAGAUGCUCUUGUCCUGGGAGCAGGGCAGUCCUGUCAUGGAGGGAGGCUCCUCUGCCACCGACACCGACACCACCAGUCUGGAAGACCAAGCGGACACAGCCAGCGUUAGCAGCCUGAGCAUCCCAGCCGCACCCACCAAGAGGAUCGCCUUCCUCUUUGACUCCACCCUCACAGCCUUCCUCAUGAUGGGCAACCUGUCUCCGAACCUGAAGAGUCAUGCAGUGACCAUGUUUGAGGUUGGUAAGCUGUCUGAUGAGACUCUGGACACCUUCCUGGCUGAGCUGGAGAAGGUGGAGAGCACAGCAGAGGGCGAGGCUCAGCGUUACUUUGACCACGCUCUGACCCUAAAAAACACCAUCCUCUUCCUGCGCUACAACAAAGAACUCACUCAGGACCAGGGACCUGAUAUCCCAAAUAUAGGUUUCCCCUUGGACAUGUUGCGCUGUGAGAGUCUGCUGGGUCUGGACCAGGCCACCUGCAGCCGGGUCCUCAACAAGAACUACAAGCUGCUGGUGUCGAUGGCGCCGCUCAGCAACGAGAUCCGACCCAUCAGCAGCUGCACGCCUCAGCACAUUGGCCCGGCCAUCCCCGAGGUGAGCUCCAUCUGGUUCAAGCUGUAUCUGUACCAUGUGACCGGCCAGGGCCCCCCGUCUCUACUGCUCUCCAAAGGCUCCCGGCUCCGCAAACUGCCAGACAUAUUCCAGUCCUACGACAGGUUGUUGAUCACUUCCUGGGGUCACGACCCCGGAGUCGUCCCGACGUCUAAUGUUCUGACCAUGCUCAAUGACGCCCUCACACACUCUGCUGUUCUCAUCCAGGGCCAUGGUAUGCAUGGCCAUGGAGAAACAGUCCACAUUCCUUUCCCCUUCGAUGAGGAGGAUCUGAAGGGAGACUUCACCUACUCCAACAUGUGUGUGCACAAAGCGCUGCAGAAGCUGAAGGAGCAAGUGGACCUGAAGCACCAGUGCGGCUACAUCACCAUGCUCAACUCCAACAACAGGCACCGUCGCCGGACCAGCGACAGCAAUGAGUGCAGAGGAGACACACAUCUGGGUGGAGGCCUGGACACUAAUGGCAGCACUGAGUCUUUUGAACUGGUGACAGAGGAGAACAACGGUGAAAGCAAAGGAAAACCCGAAGCCGUUUCCUCUGAAGACGAGUGGGUCCCUCUCGAGCUGUGCUUCGGCAUGCCCCUCUUCAGCUCCGAGCUCAACCGCAAAGUGUGUCGAAAGAUCGCCUCGCACAAACUCUGCAGCAGCGAAAGCCUUCAAGAGCUUCUCCUCUCCAGCCGAAAGCUGUCGCUGAAGGUGCUGAGCUUUGUUCAGUCGCACCAGGACGGCAGCCAGCCCUCCGACCUGGACAGCGGCGUGUCGAACCCUCUCAGCCAACCCCCGCCGGAGUCUGGCGUCCCCCUGCCCGCCCUCAAUCUAUUCUUCAAGGACGGACAGCUGAGGGAGUGGAGUGGGCGGGGCCCUCCGGCUCUGGACAUCUCAGCCCUGCAGAAGGACCAACCCACAUAAACCCAACCCCUCCAGCACCCACCCCCAAAACUUCCAGAUUUGGCCAUGAGGGGGGAAAAAAGCAAAGGGCCGCCCUCUCUCUUGAAGCUUCAUGUCUUAUUGAGGAAAUCCUUACCCGAGGUUCAACCCCCGCGUCUUCACAUCCGAUCACGAGGAAACAAUCAGUCAUGAACUUAUUCCUCUUGUCCAUCAGUAUCAGUCAUGGGGAAAUCUGCCAGCACUUUGCCAUUUAGGACAAAUCCGACACUAGUUUGAGCCGCCCCCCCCCCCCCCCCCC